GAAGGUGCACAUGAUGGAGCUGAAGGACAGAGAAAGCGACUUGCGGCUUCUUGAUGUCCACAGAGCAGCAGCAGCAGCUCUGCAGACGCAGCUGCAGCAGCAGCAGCAAGCCAUAGACGACACGCAGCGCCAAAUUGAGCAGCAGCAGCAAACGGUUCAGGAGCUCGAAGAAGUGACUGCAGCAGCAGCAGAUCUGCUGCGGCGGGCGCAGCAGCAGCAGCAGCAGCUGCAAGUCGCUGAGGAAAUGCGGGCAAUGCAUCAGCAGAAGCUGGAGCAGCUGCAGCAGCAACUGCAGCAGCAGCAGCAGCAGCAGCAGCAAGAAGAGGAAGAUGAAGCUUUCGUAUUUGAGGAGCCUCUUGAAGAGCUUGAAGAGCUUUUUGAAAAAAUAUCGGAGGAAUAUAAAGUUAAGGGCGAAAAGAGGCAAGCCGUGUGCAACAAAGUAAAUGAGCUGCAGCAGCAGCAGCUGCUGCUGCAGCAGCAGCUGCAGCAAGAGCUUGCUGCAGCAGCAGAUGGCCUUAAGGCGGAAGAAAGAAGAGACGCAGCAAAGCAGCAGCAGCAGCUGCUGCUGGACAAAGUAGCGGCAGCACUGCCUUACGCGCAGCAGCCACAAGUACGGGCAGCAGCAGCAGCAGCAACAACAACAGCAGCAGCAGCAGCAGCAACAACAGCAGCAGCAGCAACAGCAGCAGCAGCAACAGCAGCAGAAGCAGAAAGACUUGAUAUGGCCUUUUCUUGCAGAAUUACGCCGGAGGCAGCCGUGGCUCUGUGCCGAUCAGAAGCCGUGAGGCUGCGGCGGCAGCAGCAAGCAGCAGCGAGUGAGCAGCAGAAGCAGCAGCAGCAGCAGCAGUUGCUGCUGCAGCAGCUGCAGCAGAAGGAGCAAGAGCAGCAGGCUGCUGUUAGCGCCUCCACGAACCUGCUGAACUGCAGCAAGCAGCAGCUGCAGCAGCUGCAGCAGAAGCUGCAGCAAAAGCCUUCGCAGCAGCAGUGCCAGCAGCAAGUUGCUGCUAGCGAGCAGCAGCUGCAGCAGCUGCAGCAAGAAGCAGCAGCACACGGAGAGGCGGAGCUCAAGAGUCUUGAAUCUCGAAGCGCGGCCUGUGGACAAACGCUGCAGCAGCUGCAGCAGCAGCGGCAGCAGCUGCAGCAAAUGCAGCAGGCGCUGCAGCAGCACGAAGCGCUUGGGGUGUCUCUACAGGUGGCGCAGCAGCGGCAGCAGGAGAAGCAGCAGCUGCUGCAGCAGCAGCAGCAGCAGCUGCAGCAAAGCCUUGCUGCUCUUCAGAAAGCAUCCUUGGGCGCUUUUUCUAACGACCCGCAGCAGGCUGGAGCGCAGCUAGCCGCAGCUGCUGCUGCUGCUGCGAAGGAGCAGCAGCAGCAACAGCAGCAGAAGCAGGCAGCAGACACGGCAGCAGACCGCAGCGCAGCGGAGUGCGAGCUGCUGCAGCAGCAACUGGCAGCAGCAGCAGCAGCAUGCGAAGCGCUGGCUAACCAAAUAGACGCAGCAAAACCCCUCACCUCCAGCAGCAGCAGCAGCAGCAGCAGCAGCAGCAGCAGCAGCAGCUGGGAGGCCGUGGCUCGCUGGGACCUAGGGUUCCUGGAGCCCGCGUUGUCGGCGCUGCAGCAGCAGCAGCAGCAGCAGCAAGAGCAGCUGCUGCGGAUUAGUGCAUGCGCUGAAGCAGCAGCAGACCAGUGGCUCAAAGCCUUAGCAGCAGAAGCAGCAGCAAGCAGCAGCUGCCCGCUUUGCUGCAGGGAUCUGGAGGGCCCCACAGCUCUCGCGCUGCUGCAGCAAAACGUGGACAACAGGCUGCAGCAGCUGCCGCAGCAGCAGCAGCAGCAGCAGCAGCAAAUUCAGGCGCUGCAUGCGGAGGUCCAGAGGCUGCAGCAGCAGCAGCACAAGGCUCAGGAACUAGCAGCAAAACACAAAGAGCUCGUUUCUGCUGCAGCAAAACUGGCCAAGCAGCAGCAAGUAAACGACGACUUGCUGCUGCCGUUGCUGCUGCUGCUGGCUGCUGCAGUUGGCAAGGCCCAGAAGCAGCUGCGAGCAGCAGCAGCAGCUGCUGCUGCUGCUGUGGCAGCAGCAACCGAAAAGGCACUGCUGCUGCAGUCGGCGCAUGCAGAGGCUGAGGAGCUCGCAGCAGCAGCAGCAGCAGCAGCAGCAGCAGAGGCGGAGGCCAAGUCUAUUGAUGCGAAGCUGCGCGCAGCAGCAGGCCCGCAGCUGGCAGCCUCCAGCAGCAGCAGCAGCAGCGAAGUGCAGCAGCAGCUGCAGCAGCUGGAGGCGCAGAUUGCUCAGGCUUUUGCUGAAAGAGAAGCAGCGCAGCAGCAGCAGCAGCUGCUCCGGCAGCAGCAGCUAGGCCGGCAGCAGCAGCUGCUGCAGCUGACGGCCGUGCUCGCAGAGCAGCAGCGCAUGCUGCAGCAGAUAAAAGAGGAGCAGCAGCAGCAGCAGCAGCAGCAGCAGCAGCUCCAGGCAACCGAAGCAGCACUGCCUGGGCAGCAGCAGCUGCUGCAUGCGACGCGGCAGCAGCUGCAGCAGCUGCAGCAGCAGCAACGACAAGCCGAGCAGCAAGCAGAAGCUCAGCAAAGACAAAUGGAGUCUGCCACUUCUCAGCUAGAAUCGAUUGCUGCAUCGCUCGAGGAGCAGCAGCAGCGGCUAGGAGAGGCUGAAGCUGCUGUUGCUGCUGCUGCAGCGUCGGCAAGCGGCGCGAGGCUGCAGCAGCUGCGGCAGCAGCAGCAGCAGCUGAGUGCAGCACUGCAGCAGGAGCAGCAGCAGCAGGAGCAGCUGAAUGCAGCGUUCGACAAGGGGCAGCAGCUGCUGCAGCAGGUAAAGGACAGCAUAGAAGUGAAGCGGCAGCAGCAGCAGCUGCAGCAGCAGCAAGCAGCAGCAGAGGCCCAGCGCCGCGCACUGCAGCAGACGCUGCAGCAGGGCCUGGCAGCGUUGGUGCAGCAGCUGGGCGCUGCAGCAGCAGCAGCAGCAGCAGAAGCAGCAGCAGCUGCUGCUGCUGCAGCGCAGCAGCAGCAGCAGCUCACAGCAGCAACUGUGGAGGCGCUGGUUGAGGCCCUCCGCAAAGACACAGCAGCAGCAGCAGCAGCACUGGCGGAGCAGCGGGGAGCAGCAGCAGCAAGAGAAGAAAGGAAGCAGCAGCUGCAGCGGGAACUCAGCAGCGCAACCUACAAGCAAAUCGAAGACAGAUACGUAGAGGGUCAGCAGCAGCAGCAGCAGCAGCAGCAGCAGCAGCAGCAGCAGCAGCAGCAGCAGCAGGUUCAGAUCGAAGCGAUAAACGAAUCCUUGAAGGAACUUUGGCAAACACUUUAUGCAGGAACUGAUAUUGACAGCAUUGCAAGAACUGAUAUUGACAGCAUUGCAAUUCGGUCAUCUGUAGCUGCAGCAGAGGACUCUGCUGCUGCUGCAGCAGCAGCAGCAGCAGCAGCAGCAGCAGCAGCAUAUGGGGGUUUAGCAGCAGGAGAGCGUUCUUACAACUACAGAGUUGUGAUGAAAACCCCCAGUGGAAAAGAAAUCGACAUGCGAGGCCGCUGUUCUGCGGGCCAAAAAGUGCUCGCCAGUUUGGCCAUCCGCCUCGCCCUCGCCGACAGCUUUGGGGUGUCUUGCCAGCUGCUGGCCCUCGACGAGCCCACCACCAACUUGGAUUCUUUCAAUUGCGAAGUCAGUUUUCUUUUUCUUUUCUUUUUUGAGCAUUUGUUUCUUCUUUUGGAUCUUUUUUAA